AUGGACGAUCCUAUGCAAGACAUCGCCGAUGUCGUCCACAGACUCACCCAGGGAACGCCCAAGCAGCAGGAAGAGGCCAUCAACGAGUACUUUACCACUGACGCUUCCUUUACACAUCCAUUCUGCAGGACGGGCAGCUUUGAGGGCAGUAGAUGGCUGAUACAUGCCAUCUUUCGCUGGUACAAAGUCCUUAGCCCAAAGAUUGACCUUACCGUGAACUCCGUUGCACUUGACGAGACGAACCUCACUUUAUACGUCAACAUCAGCCAAAUCUUCUCGAUCUGGCUGAUACCCUUCCACCGCGCGCCUGUCAACCUCACAACCGUCCUCCAGCUCGUCCGAAAACAGCGGAAAUACUACAUCCAAAGCCAGAAUGAUCUCUACCAGGUCGAUCAGUUCAUCAAGUUCCCACCUGGCCUUUCGCAUAUCGGACCUCUUAUCGUAUUGUUCUGCAACUUCAUCGCGACAUUCUUCUGUGUCAUAGGAGCGUACAUCGGAAGCCCGUUUACACGCUACAUGCAGCGACAAAGUGAGAAGAGGAAUGAUCUCAGCGGGGCCAAUGGCGACGCCUUCUACCAACGACAGCAAGAGAUGAAGAAGUUGAAGCAAUACCAGUCGUGA